UGGAGGGACAAUGCAUCGUUUGUGGUGGCAGUGGAAACACGAGGUUGAAUUGGUGGUGGGAGAGUUAAGAGAGUUUGAUGACACCAUGACAAAGGAAGUUAGGAAAGGAGGGAGGUAAAUUGGAUAUUUAUGGGACAUGUUUGGUAAAGAAUAAGAGUGGUAUUUGUAUUUAGAAAGGAUCAACUCUACCAAAAACUUAAAUUGAUGGUUGAAGCUCAAGAUUGGUUUCUAUACUCUAUCACACCCCUUCACAUGAGAUUGUAAGAGCCUUUUUUAUGUAGCAUGAGCCUCCUCAUAUCCGGAGCGAAAUAUUUUACUUGAUUGUGUGUGUAGAUGAGAUUUGAACCUGUGAUAAUCUUUGUAUCACAUUGCAGCUGAUACCCUGUAUGUUAAAGGACCAACUCAACCAAAAAGUUAAACUGAUGGUUGAAGCCUAGAAUUGGUUUAUCUACUACUAUGUAUAUAUUUAGUAAACAUAUUUCACUAUUUAGUUUAGUGGAUAGAUGUAUGCAAGGUAUCUUAGUUGGUUAAUAUAGGAGUCCAUUAAAAAUCUAAGAUAUAAUUUCAUCUAAAAGACAUUAUCCUUUAUGACUUUCUUUAUAGACAAUAAAACGAUAGAUAAUAUCGGAAAGUAAAUACAGCUUUAAUACAAUAUAAAAAGUAGAUUUUCAAAAUAAAUUUCUAAUUUUUUUUUUUUUCUUAAUUUUUGGCACUACAAAGACACUACUCGAACUUAGGAGGAUCUUAUAAGACAAUACAAGAAUGCCGUAGUUUAAACUAAUCGGGCAAUACAACAAUACAAUAAUGCCGUAGUUUGGUGGAUUGACAAGUACAUAUAUAUAAUAUCGAAAAGCUAAUCGGGCUAUAGAUUACCUAGGAAUAUUAGGAUUCACCAACUCAAGAAUUUGGGUUUUUCUUAAUCAAUUGUAAGAUUUAAAGGAUAUGAAUUUUAUUGGAGGAAUUUAAUGACGAAGCUUGGCCCAAGACAACUUGAGUGGUACCAAAACCUAAUUACUUAAGUGAAAUUUUUUUAUUUUUUUUAUUUACGUUUUGUAAAUAUUUAACUUUUGAAUGUAUUUUAAUUUGUUUGCAGUCUAUUCCAUUGGGGCUUGUCCCCCAUUUCCACAAAACCAAUUUAUGCUACAAUUAUUGAUGAUAUGGACAUUCAUCCAUACGCUUUAUUUCAUCACAACUAUCAAUUUUAACUUAAACGUUUGAACACUCUAUUUAUAGCCUCAAACUUUGUACAUUUAAAUCAUCUUUAUAAUAAGCUAGCACUCCUUUUCUUUUUGUUCCAACAACGAAAGCCUUGAGUUGUUUAAGCCUUCUCGAUCUUAAAUAAGCUUUUGGCGGCAGUUGUGAGCAGAAGAAUUAAGAAAAAAUUAACAAAAAUGGCAAUGAGUUUAUAUUCUCUCCCACAAAUUAGCACUCACCAUGUUAAAGCUCCAAAGAUUUGCAUGGCGUUAACCCUCAACAAUGCCCCUCCUAAAGUAACAAUAAAACCAAGUCCGAAGAAACCUUUAAGCAACGCUAAGCGCGAGAAGCCUAAUGAUCGUGUUACACAUUCAAUGUCACCCGAAAAAAUUGAGAUUUUCGAUUCAUUGGAAGGAUGGGCAAGAGAUAACAUCUUGAAGUACUUAAAACCUGUUGAAAAAUGUUGGCAACCUAAGGAUUUUCUUCCUGAUCCAACUUCGGAAGAAUUUUAUGAUCAAAUCACAGAACUUCGAGAGAGGGCUAGAGAGGUUCCAGACGAUUUCUACGUUGUUUUGGUUGGUCAUAUGAUCACCGAAGAAUCUCUUCCGGCUUACCAGACGGCGCUUAACACAAUGGAUGGGGUGAGGGAUGAAACGGGUGCGAGUUCGACUUCAUGGGCUACAUGGUCUAGGGCAUGGAGUGCUGAAGAGAAUAGACAUGGUGAUCUUCUUAGCAAGUACCUUUAUCUUUCUGGUCGUGUUGAUAUGAGAGCUAUUGAGAAAACAACCCAAUAUAUGAUUGGGGCAGGAGUGGACCCAAAAUUUGAGAACAACCCAUAUAUGGGUUUCAUAUUCACAGCAUUUCAAGAAAGGGCAACAUUCUUCUCACACGGCAACACCGCAAGGCUAGCCAAAGAGCAUGGUGAUAUCAAUCUUGCUAAGGUAUGUGGCCUUAUCGCGGCCGAUGAGAAACGCCACGAAACUGCCUACACCAAGAUAUCUCAAAAACUCUUCGAGGUUGACCCCGAUACAACCGUUAUAGCAUUCGCUAACAUGAUCAGGAAGCGAAUCUCUAUGCCGGGCCACCUUAUGCACGAUGGCCGUGACUUCAACUUAUUUAGUCAUUUUACAGCUGUUGCUGCUCGGCUUGGGGUGUACACGGUCACCAAUUAUGCCGAGGUUAUGGAGCAUUUGGUGAAUUAUUGGAAGGUUGAUCAACUCACCGGGCUUUCGGCCGAAGGCCGAAAAGCUCAAGAGUAUGUAUGUACAUUGCCUCAUAGAAUAAGAAGUAUUGAAGAGAGAGUUCGAGAUAAGGAAAAAGAAGUGCCUUCUGUUCCUAUAAGUUGGGUUUUUGAUAGAAGCAUCAAACUUUGAGCAACUUAUUAACUUUGGUACGAUGGGAAGUUUGUGUUGUACCAGCUGUCAUUUAUAACGGUUGUUUGUGAAAAUUUCUGAAUUAAAGGUAAGACUACGACUUAAAAUUAUACAAAAGCUAAGGGACAUUUUAUUUUAUUUUAUGGUUUUUUACUUAAUAGAGUGGUUGCAACCAAUCAAGUAAUUGUAUUGGUUGCUUUGUUUAUGUACUUGUUUUCAAUUAUAUUACGGUUGAUGUAUUAUUAAUUAGAGUUAACAUGGUCGUUUCAUUGUAAUAGUACACUAGUACAUAAUUGAAUAACAUGAAGACGUGUGUAAUUUUUUUUUAUUUGAAGUUUGAUAUACAAAUUUGUAAUAGUGAAUGAACUUUGGGGUGUAUGUUUAAUGAAAAGUUAUUAUUUAGUGGAGUUAUUCGACUCAUUUAUCUCAUCACCUUACUUUAUAUCUCAUCUUAUAUUCAAUCAUAUUGGUUGCUUAAUUUUGGGACCAAGUAAAAUAGAGUAAGUCAAGGUUGAACUCUCAAGGAAAGAACUGCUUAGGCUAAUAUGUGGUGUCCAACUGUAGUUACUAAUACAAGUCCAUAAAUUAACAAAGGAGGAAUGAUGUUAAGAUUGAACCUAUGUUGCACAUACUCAGAUUUGGGUGUCGUGUCCGAUACAAAGUCAGAUUAAGAUUUUAUAAAAUUUUAUAUAAGGUCACUAUAUAUUUAGGUGUCAUAUCGUGUCGAUAAACAAGAUGUCGAAGUAACAUAUGUAGGUUGAUCAUUACGGAAAU